AAAGAAAAGGAGUUUGAUGUUGAACUAAUUUAUGAUGAAAGAACAAAUUCAACCAAGAACGAAACUUCCUCGCGCUCGCGCUCGCGCUCUCUACUGACAAUCUGAGAUCUACAAGAGAUUCUUCUUCUUCUUCUUCUUCUUCUUCUUCUUCUUCUUCUUCUUCUAUAUCCAGAUCAAAAAUCUCGUUUUCUAUUAUUUGAUAUCAAUCAAGCGGGUGCAUCAUACAAUACAUAUACUCUGCGUUCCUUGUCUCCACCAGAUUCACAACAACAAAGAAGUAGUAGAAACCUCAAAGUCGUUUAUUUCCUUUUUUAAGUUAUGCUCGAUUUGGUUCCUGCAACUUGUUUGAUUCGUCUUCUUCUUCUCUGACUCUUCGUUGACUGCAAGGUUGCAGCAGAACCGGACGCUGUGUAGUUUAUCUUUGGUCCAUGUGUUGGUAGCACACGGGUAUGAGUUGUUGUAAAGUGCCAGUUCUUAUCGAAGCACAAGUUGAAAUGGGUUCGGUUAAUGAACUUGAGCACAAAAGCCUAUUUAGACAAGAAGACGAUGCAGCACAAACUAAAGAAGCUUCUUUAAUGGAGCAAGGAUCACUUUCUACUAGUUUCCCCCAACACACGCCUAAAUCCCCAAAGAACAGCGUGCUUAAUAGCAUCAAGAUCGUUAUUUUUUGUAAUAAACUCAAUCUAUUAUUACCUUUCGGUCCUCUAGCCAUAUUGGUACACUACAUGAUAGAUAGUAAGAGGUGGGUGUUCUUGCUGACCUUAGUAGGCAUUACACCAUUGGCUGAACGUCUAGGAUAUGCCACAGAGCAACUGGCUUGUUACACGGGUCCAACUGUUGGAGGCCUCCUAAAUGCUACAUUCGGGAAUGUGACAGAGCUGAUCAUAUCGAUUUUCGCUUUGAAAAAUGGAAUGAUACGUGUUGUUCAGCUGACGUUACUAGGCUCGAUUCUAUCUAACAUGUUGCUUGUACUUGGCUGCGCCUUCUUUUGUGGUGGGCUAGUCUUUUACCAAAAAGACCAAGUCUUUGACAAGGGAACUGCGACUGUGAAUUCAGGAUUGCUCUUGAUGGCUGUCAUGGGGAUACUCUUCCCUGCUGUUCUUCACUACACGCAUAGUGAGGUUCACGCCGGAUCAUCGGAGCUAGCCCUGUCAAGGUUCAGCAGUUGCAUAAUGCUUAUAGCUUAUGCUGCUUACCUCUUCUUUCAGUUAAAGAGCCAGUCUAAUUCUUAUAGUCCUCUUGAUGAGGAAACAAAUCAGAACGAAGAGACUUCUGCCGAAGAUGAAGAUCCUGAGAUCUCCAAGUGGGAAGCUAUCAUUUGGCUCUCAAUCUUGACUGCUUGGGUCUCUCUUCUAUCUGGCUAUCUUGUUGAUGCCAUAGAGGGUGCCUCGGUCUCGUGGAACAUACCAAUUUCUUUUAUCAGUGUCAUUUUGCUUCCUAUAGUCGGGAACGCAGCUGAACAUGCAGGCGCCAUCAUGUUUGCUAUGAAAGACAAACUGGAUCUGUCGUUGGGAGUGGCUAUUGGGUCCUCGAUCCAGAUCUCCAUGUUUGCGGUCCCAUUCUGCGUGGUGAUUGGAUGGAUGAUGGGUCAACAGAUGGACCUUAACUUCCAGCUUUUUGAGACGGCGAUGCUGUUCAUCACCGUUAUAGUAGUAGCUUUUUUCCUUCAGGAAGGGACAUCGAAUUACUUUAAAGGAUUGAUGCUCAUUCUUUGUUAUUUGAUAGUAGCUGCCAGUUUCUUUGUACACGAAGAUCCUCCUCAAGAUGGUAUAUAAAUCCGAGGAAGAGUCUGGCGUGAAGCAUAAAGGGUCUUUAAUUAAAAGCUGAUGAUCUCAGUAACACGAAGUGUUGGGGAGAGAGAUUUGAAGAUGUAAAUCUGAUUCUAAAGUGGUUUCCACAAACUCGAAUCUUGUUAAACAUGUUGCUUUACUUGUUCGUGCAAAAAUAUUGUUCGAACAAGUGAAGCUUAUAUAUUCCUUUUUGGCUUUCCCUCCCCCCACAAAAAUCAACAUUCUUAUUAGUGACAUAGAAGGUUACAAGUUUUGUUUAUGUUACAAUGAUAUUAUGAAAGAUUGAAGAUUUGUUCUUGUGCUAAACAAUAGCAUUUUGACUUGAAA